GCGCACGCUACUUACCUCGCAAUGAUAUUAAUCUCGUUCAUGCAUGGGUUUUAUUUGGGUUGGUCGGUUGCUUUAUGCCCGUCACUGAUGCACCAUGCCUUCUUCCAUGGCCAAACUCUGAUAUGGGUUAUACUAGCAAAGUACAAAAAAGAAAAAAAAUUAAGGUUCACGCCUCUAGAGAUUUGCUGGACAAGCAACAGUGAAUAGGAUGGUGACAUUAUUGAUCAAAACAAACUGUCCAUCAGUCUAUGCUUGCUUCCUCUACAUGAAUAGCAAUCUGGUAUGAAUUGAAAGAAACGCAACCAAGGAAGCAACAAUUGAACAGCGGUGGGAAGAACUAUUCUUGGCUAUACUAGCUAGAGAGAGUAGAUAGGUAUAUGCUUCCACGCGAAAUGACAACCUGGUCCAAAAAAGAAGUGAAACAAUAAUUGAACCGCUAAUAUUAUAUAUAUACAUAUGAUUUCACGGAACAAAAUCAUGGACUGCUAAUCGCGAACAAUAUCGCUCCGCUGCUGAUCAAUUAAACAAUUGGAGUAGUGGUAUGUAUGGAGAGCCUUUUUCCUUUUUGAAGAGUGAAGACCAUUGAACGGUGCCUGCAAAAAGCAAGAAAACAAUUUUGUAUACUCCUGCAAUGAGAAAAUCAGAAUCCGAUCUUUGAUUGUUCUUCCGACUUCUGAGUGAGGGAAAUAAUAUAAUUGCACAGUAUGCGCAUCAUGGAGCAAAUGAUACCAUAAUGUGUUGAGCUGUUCAUUCCCUCGGUUACCGGACAAAUGCCACCGAUUUGACAGAUGCAACAACUCAGUUUAUCGCCAAGCAAAGUGCGGCUCUUUUCAGGAUUCCGAUGAAAUGAUUAGUCAAUGCGUCGCCUGCUUGCAGUACUUUUGCAUAAAAUAAAUUAGAUCAUGUUAUCAAAAUAUACAACUAAAGUGGAUUCUUCCCACCCAUAAAAAGUUUAGCAACCUAGAGUCGAUUCUAUCAAAAUACUACUCUAGUAAGUAAAGCACCCAAGUUGCAACUAUAAAAUACGGAAACGUAAAGGAGUGGGUUAGGAAGAAUGUAAAUUCAGCAUGACGAUUUUAUCCUAUGGUAUCGGUAGGCAAAUGGCACCUUUAGUUCAUAUUGAAGCUCCACCAAGGAUAUGCUCCUGGUCACCAAGUCUUUCCCGGUCAAGAUCUUAGAAUCGCCAUGCCAAGCCGGAUGAGAAGCUUGUCACUAAGGUAAGGCAUGUCACUCCCUCUCUUCCAGUCACCUUGACGCUGUUUCCACUAUAGAGCUUCUCCACGAAGGAGGGGUCUCCUCGUCCCCCGUACACGGUCGUCGACGCCGCUCCAUACCAAGCCGGAGGAACGAAGACUUGCCGACGAGCCACCAAGGCUCCGAGGCGCCGGCACACCUUGUACACUUGUGGUUCACUCCCUGAAUCGAUCACAAGGCAACAACACCUUGCACUCUCUUCUCUAGGCCUAUCCUAGUACUAAUCACUAUUUUAAGCUUGUGCUAAGCCUUUUAUUAAUCACUUAUGCACUUUUGGUGGCUUGUCCAGCAACUCCAAAUGGGCGAAUGGUGGGGGUAUAAAUAGCCCAAGGCCUCAAAGAACUGUUGCUCCAACGACUAGUUAAAGUGUCCUGUGCUGACGCAAGUAGCCGUUGGACCCCUUGCCCAAAUUACCUCGAUGCGCCAUCCGAUGGUACCAUCGGAUCAUCAAGUGCUGAAGAGUUUCUGGCCAAAACAUUUCUAGAGCUUGGCAAAGUAAAUAUGCUUUGUCCAACGGUCACCUCCACAAGGCAUCAGAACAUCUGGUGCUAUAGGUCCUUUUCUGCCUCCUCUGAGAAUUGCUCCGAAGCUACUAGAAAAUAGGCAUCAGAACAACUUAGACAGCUUUCUGCGCGUUGUACCAAUUGCCUCGAUGCUUUAUCCGACGCCUGUUCUGGGGACCAUAGGAACAUCCGAUGGUUCCUAGGUUUUCUCAGUCAUUUGGACACUUGAAUACCAUAAAAUAAUCCUAGAUACCAUGACUUGGUUACUUGAACACCAUCAUUUGGAUAUGGAAAAUACGGUCAUUUGGAUCACUUGAAUAUCAUGAUUUGGACCUUGCCCUGGUUUGAUUUGCAUACUUGAAAUCUGGAAAACCUACGAAGUACAUUCUUGACAAGGCAUUAAUCCUGAUAACUAUAUUAUCACACAAUCAUCAAAAUCACAAACGAGCCAUCCUCGCUACACCUACGUAUCAAUCAAUUGGAUAUCGAUCGUUGACGAUGGCUCGAGAGACUUCACCCCAGGUGAACACCUCCUGUAGUGCUGUUCCAAUGGCUUGGCCCCUGUUCCAAAUUCCAAUGGCUGCAGCCUGACCCGUGGGUGCGCUGGGAUACAUGAACGCACCUGCCUGCCUGAAUCUGUCCCGAUCGCCGCCGGCUCACCUGAGAUGGGUCUAUCCGACCAAAAAGAUUUGAUCUGAUCCAUUCGCCACCGCCCACAAGCGACAAAGGGCGCUGCUGCCUUCGGUCCUCGUCGCGCCGGCCCGCCAGUCGCGGAAAGUGAGGCAGAGAUCGCAGCAACGCGCGAGGCGGCUUUGAAUUGAUUUGCUCUCCUUUGUCGCAUUUCCAAAAGUUCCAGUACUUGCCGAUGCCCACACGCAUCACGCGUCCAUGCCUGCCCUGCCCUCAAUGAGUGGGGAGGAUCGCUCGGCUCAGCACUUGUGGACUUGUGGUGGCUGUCUAGUAUGCCUUUUCCCAAUCCGCCACGCAACCGAAUUCCGGCAUCGGUUCAUCGAUGGUACGUAGAUUCAUACUACUCUCUGUCAGCACUGUCACAUCGAACGCGCGCAACACGCCAAGAACUAAUCCAUUCAUCGAUGGCCCGGUCUUCACCUACUCGAUCGGGAACAUGGUGUUCCUGCACGCGAGCCGGGCGGACGUGGUCCGGGACCUCGGCCUCUGCGUGUCGCUGGACCUCGGCAAGAGCUCCUACAUGAAGGUGACGCACCGGCCGCUCUUCGGCGACGGCAUCCUCAAGUCCAGCGGCGAGGCCUGGGCCUACCAGCGGCGGCUCAUCGCGCCCGAGUUCUUCCCCGACAAGGUCAGGGGCAUGGUGGACCUCAUGGUCGGCUCGGCAACGGCGCUGGUGGAGUCCUGGGAGGACAGGAUUAUUAGUAGGGAUAACAAUGGAGGCGGCGGCGGCUUGGAGCUCAAGAUCGACGACGACAUCAGGGCCUACUCCGCGGACGUGAUCUCGAGGACGUGCUUCGGGAGCAGCUACGUGAAAGGGAAGGAGAUCUUCGCGAUGAUCAGGGAGCUGCAGAAGACGGUGUCCAAGCCCAACCUGCUGGCCGAGAUGACCGGCCUGAGCUCUCUCCCGACGAGGGCCAACCGGGCGGCGUGGAGGCUCAACCGGCAGGUGAGCAGGCUGGUACUGGACGUCGUGCGGGAGAGCGGGAACGACGACAGGAACCUCCUGAGCGCGAUGCUCCGCAGCGCGGCGAGCUCUGGCGGCAGCGUGGCGGCGGAGGACUUCAUCGUGGACAACUGCAAGAACAUCUACUUCGCCGGGUACGAGACCACGGCGGUGACCGCCGCCUGGUGCCUGAUGCUCCUGGCGCUGCACCCGGAGUGGCAGUGCCGGGUCCGUGACGAGGUGCGGCACGCGUGCGCCGGCGCCGGCGCCGCACCGGACUUCACGUCUCUGCAGAGAAUGAAGAAGCUGACGAUGGUGAUCCAGGAGACGCUGCGGCUGUACCCGGCCGGCUCGGUGCUGUCGCGGCAGGCGCUCCGCGGCGUCACCCUCGGCGGCGUGCGCGUGCCGGCGGGCGUCAACAUCUACGUGCCGGUCUCGACGGUGCACCUGGACCCGGCGCUGUGGGGCGCCGACGCGCGGGAGUUCCACCCGGACCGGUUCGCGGGCGCGCGGCCGCCGCCGCCGCCGCACGCGUACCUGCCCUUCGGCGCCGGCGCGCGCACCUGCCUCGGGCAGAGCUUCGCGAUGGCCGAGCUCAAGGUCCUGCUGGCGCUCGUGCUCUCCAAGUUCGAGCUGAGCCUUUCGCCGGCGUACGUGCACUCGCCGGCGCUCAGGCUCAUCGUGGAGCCGGAGCACGGCGUGCGGCUCGUGCUCAAGAGCGUCGUCGAGCCAAGGUCAUCGUGAUGCGGGACCUCCCCUCCCCUGUGUGGAUGGGCUGGACCUCGUUUCUUCCACUUUGGGCCUCAUUGACACGGAAAUUUCGGCCCAAUUAUUAAUAAUUGGCUUGGUGUCUCAUUCAGUUGUAAAUCGAAUCAACGUGGCACACGCACGAACACAAGUCCUUUGCUGCGAUCUGCGAACGAAGCUAGGCACUUCCAAGCU